AGUCGUCCUUCGAAAAUCAAUGGAGCAAUAAGGAAAAUUGACAUAUUAACCUAAAAUUUAGUACCCCAUACAAUAUUUUACAAAACACUUUAACUUUAUCUCUAAACUAACCAAUAUAUAUUAAUCUCUAAUUUACGUUUUUAGAAACCUUCAAACAAAUUCUACUCUUGGUGAGACAGCAGACAUAUUAGACAUUUCAAAAAGUUCGGUACAAUGCAUAUUAACCAAAAAUUUGGACACGAGAAAGCUGCGCGCAAGAUGGAUGCCGCGUUAACUCACAAUGAAACAAAAACCUUUUCUUUGUUGAACCAGGUACUUCUGGGAUCACCCUCGUAGAUACCCAGUGCUGUUAUACACUAAACAGAAGUAGAUAAAUUGUAUGCACAAACACUUAAAAUUCUCCUGGAAUUACUGCAAUAUGAUUUUGAUAGAAUACUACAGUUUUGUAAAUAAAAAGUGACUUAACACGAAGAAAAUUCUAAGAAGUUUGACCAUCGAGAUCCCCAGAUCUGAAGUAGUUUUUAGCGAAUGUCAAGUUGUUACAGCCACGUUUGGAUUCAGUCCUCCAUCGUUUUGGUAAAUAGUUGUGCAGAAUCUUAUUUAUACGUCGAAAAUAUUUUAGUUAACUUUUCGGACAUACCUGGUAAAUAAAAAUUACGAUCGAGUUGUGCCUUGAACAAACGCCGAAACCAUAUAAGAAACUCGGUUAAUCUUUAUAUUGAAAUCAAUCGAUUUUUAAGACAUUAAUUGAAUUAUCAGCUUGUAGUCGAUUGGGGCAACACUUAAAUGGUUUUUUUUAUCAUAUUUACCCACUAUAAUCAGUAUAUCAACGACCUAGUGAUGUUAAUAUGAAAUGUACGACGUGAUUUAUUCGUAAAUAUUUCGAUCUGUACAUAAUGAAGAUCGGAGAAUCGAUUGAACAAUUGAUAAAUAAUACGGGGGAUGAUCCAAAUGAUGAACCUAUUCUAAAAGAAUUAUUAGAUAGACCUUUGUCGCAAAUAGAAAAAACUUUUUUACUUCAUGCCGAACGGGGUGAUUGUGCUACCGUUAAAAGGAUUAUAGACGAAUAUAAAGGUAAUCCGGCUGAAUUUGAUAUAAAUUGCGUGGAUCCAUUGAAUCGAUCCGCCCUUAUAUCAGCAAUCGAAAACGAAAACAUCGAACUUAUCAAACUGCUACUUGUCGAAAAUAUACAAGUCAAGGACGGUCUUUUACACGCAAUUAAAGAAGAAUACGUCGAAGCCGUAGAAGUUUUAUUGAACUGGGAAGAAGAACAUCAUGCUGUUGGUGAACCUUACAGUUGGGAGAAAAUAGAUCGUUCGGCCUCAACGUUUACCUCCGACAUAACACCUCUAAUAUUGGCCGCCCACAAAAACAAUUACGAAAUAAUAAAAUUACUUCUAGAUAGAGGUGCUACUCUGCCAAUGCCUCACGACGUGAGAUGCGGAUGCGACGAAUGCGUUUUCUCGAGUAAAGCUGAUUCUCUUCGACAUUCACAAGCGAGAAUUAACGCUUACAGGGCUCUAUCUUCGCCCUCUUUGAUAUCUUUAUCUUCGAAUGAUCCUCUAUUAACAGCUUUCGAACUAUCGUGGGAUCUUAGAAGACUUAGCAAGAUGGAAACCGAAUUCAAGAUGGAGUAUAUUGAUAUGAGAAGCCAAGUCCAACAAUUUGCUACUAGUUUAUUAGAUCACGCUAGAACUUCCUACGAAUUGGAAAUAAUGUUAAAUUACGAUCCGGAUGGGGAUAUUUGGGUAACGGGAGAAAGACAAACAUUAGAAAGAUUAAAAAUGGCCAUUAAUUAUAAACAAAAAGCGUUUAUCGCUCAUCCUAAUGUCCAGCAGCUACUUGCAACGAUUUGGUAUGAAGGGUUGCCUGGUUUUAGGAGAAAAAAUAUGAUAGGUCAAGGUAUACAAGUAGCAAAAAUCGGUAUGAUGUUUCCAGUAUAUUGUAUGAUUUAUAUGGUUGCUCCUAAUUCCCAAAUGGGGUCGUUUAUGAAGAAACCUUUCGUCAAAUUCAUCUGCCAUUCCGCUUCGUAUGCGUUUUUUCUCACGCUGUUGGGGGCAGCUUCACAAAGAGUGGAAGUUCUUUUUCUCGAAUGGUUUGGUACCGAUUGGGUGCAAGAUAUGGUUAAAGAAUGGAAAAGGAAAGAGAGGGGGGCGUUUUUUGGGAUAGCGGAGUGUGGUGUCAUAUUUUAUGUCAUAAGUUUGAUAUGGGGUGAAAUGCGUUCGUUAUGGUGUGACGGGUUGGAAGAAUAUAUAUCUGAUUUAUGGAAUAUCGUGGAUUUCAUAACGAAUAUUUUUUACGUAAUAUGGUUAACGCUAAGAAUAACCACAAUCUAUAUUUGUUGGAGAGACGAAAGAGAAGGUAAAACGACUUGGUAUCCAAGAGAAGAGUGGGAUUCUUUCGAACCCAUGCUACUAUCAGAAGGAGCUUUUGCUGCCGGGAUGAUAUUCAGUUUUCUCAAGUUGGUACAUAUAUUCAGUGUCAAUCCUCAUCUAGGACCUCUUCAAAUAUCUCUAGGUCGUAUGAUUAUCGAUAUUGUCAAAUUCUUCUUUAUCUACACGUUGGUGUUGUUCGCUUUUGGGUGUGGUUUGAACCAAUUACUGUGGUACUACGCCGAAUUGGAAAAGAAGAAAUGCUACCAUUUACCGAGUGGUUUACCGGAUUUUGAUAAUAACGAUAAAGCUUGUACAAUUUGGAGAAGAUACGCGAAUUUGUUCGAAACGUCUCAGUCCCUUUUCUGGGCUAGCUUCGGACUAGUAGAUUUGAUGUGUUUCGAACUAACUGGUAUAAAAGGUUUUACAAGAUUUUGGGCGCUAUUGAUGUUUGGAUCGUAUUCGGUGAUAAACAUCAUAGUUUUACUCAAUAUGCUUAUUGCGAUGAUGUCAAAUUCCUAUCAGAUUAUUUCUGAACGUUCCGAUACGGAAUGGAAAUUCGCUAGGAGUCGAUUAUGGGUAAACUACUUCGAUUCUGGCGAUACUCUCCCACCUCCAUUCAAUAUAAUGCCAAGUCCGAAAGUUUUACUUAGAAAUUUCGGUUGUGAUAAAGGCGCAAUCAAUACUACGAGUUUUAAAGCGAAAUCUAGAGAAAAAGUACGCGAAAGACACGAAACCGUAAUGAAACUAUUGGUGAGAAGAUACGUUACGGCUGAGCAAAGGAAAAGAGACGAUUACGGCGUAACUGAAGAUGAUGUAAUGGAAAUAAGACAAGAUAUUUCUAGUUUGAGAUACGAAUUGAUUGAUAUAUUGAGAAAAAACGGGAUGAAAACGCCGCAAAUUAAUCUAGAAGAUACUCAACUUGCCGGGAAAAAGGGGAAAAUGAUGGAAAGACGUCUGAUGAAAGAUUUCCAUAUAGGUAUAGUCGAAGGUAUAGUUCAAGAAAUGAAAAUGAACCCGACCGAAACGAAAAACGUUUUCGGUCAUAUAGCCAAAGUUAUAGGCCGCAGGGCGACUUUCAAAUCGACUAAAAAAGAUUGGAACGCGUUAGUAAGAAAGAAUACAACGACUUCCAAUCCUAUAGGUACCGCCCAAGAAUUAGAGGCUAGUAGAAUAAAGAGGCAAAGUUUGAGGAGACACAUUUUGAGUAAUACGGUUUUAGACGAUGAUAAAUUAUUGGAAUAUAAUCCUAAUUUAACGGAAAUACCGAAAACGGCGAGAGUGGCUUACGCUAAAUUUAUGAAUAAGAAAAUUCGAUUUGAAUAUAAAUCGGAAACGGAAAGGAUUUCCGAAAAUAAAGAAGCUGGUCGGGAGGAAGCUAUAGAACGUAAACAAUCUGUUAAAUUUGAAGGUGCCGCGAUUUCUAACACUUCUACUGGUAAUAGAGGUGCGAUUGAAGUUCAAGAUAAACAAGACAAGGCACAAUCUGGCGAUGAUUUUAUUGCGCAGAACGAUACAAAUAAGGAGAGUCUCCCUCCUUUAAUCGAAUUAACAACUCCUGACGAACCUGGUACAAUUGAGGAACCAAAAGAAAAUCCCAACGGUACUUCCUCAAAAAGUAAUGAACCGUCUGGUGCAGAUGUGUCUCAGAUUAUUCUGAAACCGGACACUUUAAUACUCCAACAAAUACCUACUGAAGAAACUCCAAAAACCAAUUUGAAUCAAGAAACACGUGGAAAACAAUCACCGCUCGAUGAUUCAAUAACAAACUACGAUAAAAAUAAAAAGGAUAAUAAGGAACCGGAUGUUUCUGACACGCAUUCGUCAACUAGGGAUGAUAAUAAGGGAAAUCCGUUAUCGGCGAAAUCAAAAUUGACAGGGCGUGUACGGACGGGCUGGAUUUAAAAUGAUUUACUUUUAAUUAAAGAUGUUAUAGUUUUCGAAAUAUAAUUUUAAAACUAAA